AUGGCCUUUUGUGUCUCCCCAAACUUCGAACGCUGCGGAGGGACACGCGCGCUGUUUCAGACAUCUUCACCACUCGUGACGCACAGAGCCACGGCCCCUUCCGCAACUCGCGGGCCUCGCCGGCACUGGAGCCAACCCAGCCCUCGUGACGCUCAGAUCUCGGUCUGUAGAAACACACUUUUCAGCACCGUGCUCCCGGCACCGGCCGUGGAUGAGGUGCGGGGCUCCGGCGAGGAGGGCACCGAGGUGGCGGUGCUGCUGCAGAGCGAGCCGCCCGAGGAAGGUAUCAAGUCCUCUGGUUUAGGGGCCUGUGAGUGGCUUCUUGUCCUCGUUUCCCUGCUCUUCAUCAUUGUGACCUUCCCUUUUUCCAUCUGGUUCUGCAUAAAGGUUGUACAAGAGUAUGAGAGAGUAAUUAUAUUCCGACUGGGACAUCUGCUUCCUGGAAGAGCCAAAGGCCCUGGUCUUUUCUUCUUUUUGCCCUGCCUGGAUACCUACCACAAGGUUGACCUUCGUCUCCAAACUUUGGAAGUGCCCUUUCAUGAGGUUGUGACCAAAGACAUGUUUAUAAUGGAGAUAGACGCCAUUUGCUACUACCGAAUGGAAAACGCCUCUCUCCUCCUAAACAGUCUUGCUCAUGUGUCCAAAGCGGUUCAAUUCCUUGUGCAAACCACCAUGAAGCGUCUCCUAGCACAUCGAUCCUUCACUGAAAUUCUUCUAGAGAGAAAGAGCAUUGCCCAAGAUAUAAAGGUCGCCUUGGAUUCAGUGACCUGUAUUUGGGGAAUCAAAGUGGAGAGAACAGAAAUUAAGGACUUGAGGUUGCCAGCCGGGCUUCAGCAUUCACUGGCCAUGGAGGCUGAAGCACAGAGACAGGCCAAAGUGCGGAUGAUUGCUGCGGAAGGGGAAAAAGCUGCCUCUGAGUCCCUGAGGAUGGCAGCUGAGAUUCUGUCAGGCACCCCGGCUGCUGUUCAGCUUCGAUACCUUCAUGCACUUCAGUCUCUGUCCACAGAGAAACCUUCCACUGUGGUUUUACCUUUGCCGUUUGACAUGCUGAAUCUCCUGUCUUCUUCCAGCAGUAGAACUCAGGGAAGCCUCCCCUACCCAAAUCCUUCCAAACCUGUGGAGCCACUAAAUCCUAAAAAGAGAGACUCUCCUAUGUUAUAGAGGGCAUGGGGUCAAAAAAAUGUGACCAAAAAGGGGCCUGCCGUAUAAAAGUCACAUCCCUGAGUGAGGCACUCUCUCCUUACUGCCUCCCCUUACUUUGGUUGCCGUCUGGACUGUCCAUGGAAUGCAUGAAAUCAUAAUGCAGCAACAUACUUGAUAAGCCAGUGAAAUACGACAGAGAAGGCAUAUCACAAGUUUAGGGGGAUCAUCUGAUCACAGCAAUGAUGAGAACAGCUUUGGAAAGAAAUUGGAGUCUAGAUAUGGCUAAAUUUUGACUUCUGGAGAACUUAUUUCAAAUAUCCUUUUUACUUUAUGUCCUCUGGCCCCUUUGGCAAGGUCUCUGCGGCUCCCACAGCCUCUCCUACAAACAUCUAUCACUGUGCUUGUCACACUCUGCAAUCCUGUAGGUAAGAUGCAGGCUUCUCUCCAACUACACUGCCAGUUCUUCAGAGGGAUGU